AUGGAUAUACCAAACCUCCUCGAGCAACUUACCAAGAAUAUUUAUCAGUAUGAUUUGCAUGUUCAGUACAUUCAAGCACUUCGUCAGGCUGGACUGUUUGAAGAGUUGAAAGAUGCAAGGAAAACUAUGCAUGAAAUUUUUCCAAUGUCUGAAGAAUUAUGGCUUGAGUGGAUAGACGAUGAAGCUCAUAUGGCCUCCACAAAAGAAGCAAAACAGAGGAUAAUUCAUAUUUUUUCAGAAGCUGUUCAAGAUUAUUUAUCCAUUAAUAUUUGGAAGAAAUACGCAGAUUUUAUGGUUCAAGAAUAUAAUGAUUCAGAAGAAUUGAUGGAGGAGUGUUCAGAAAAUUCUUUUAUAACUUUAGAUCAAGUUCGUAAGGUCUUUGAUCAAGCAAUCAGAGAAAUAAAUUAUUUUAUAACACAGAGUAACCAAAUAUGGGAUGCCUAUAUGGAUUUUGAAGAAAAAAUUUUAGAGAAAACACCUAGUGACGAAACGCAAAAAAAUUUGUCUGAAAUAAUAAUGGAGAAAUUUCUUUUAGCCAUAGAAAAGACUUGGAUGGAUUAUUCGACUUUCAUUACGAAUUAUGAUAAUUUAAAUUAUGAGAAAAACAUGUUAGAGGCAAUUCAAAUUUACAACAAGGCUAAAGAUAUGUAUUAUAAAAGAGAUCAGUAUGAACAAUCAUUACUUGAGUCUGGCUAUGCCUUACAACAAUUCUUAGAUUAUAUAAAUUUUGAGAAAAAACAAAAGCUUCAUCCAGCGUUAAUAAAAGUUUACAAAAAGUUUCGAGCAUUUGUCAGAGGUGAAGAUAGUGACGAUAUAAAUGACAAUCCAAAGCCCCGUGUAGAAUAUGAAGAAUAUUAUCAUGGCAACCAAUUCCAGAGCUACCAGGACGUUUUGGAUGAAUUCGUCAAAGAAUGUAAUAAAGAAAGACCGCCUCCAUACGAUAACUUUAAGCAGAAUGAUAGCGUCGAAUACUUUGAUAAAGAACGACUAUCAAUCAAUUCAAAUAGUAUUAGCGAGGUUGGUGGUCCACCAGAUGUCUACAAAAUCCUUUUGGUAGGCGGAACUGGAGUUGGAAAAUCAACACUGUGCAUAGAAAAGGCGUGGAUGGAUUAUUCGACUUUCAUUACGAAUUAUGAUAAUUUAAAUUAUGAGAAAAACAUGUUAGAGGCAAUUCAAAUUUACAACAAGGCUAAAGAUAUGUAUUAUAAAAGAGAUCAGUAUGAACAAUCAUUACUUGAGUCUGGCUAUGCCUUACAACAAUUCUUAGAUUAUAUAAAUUUUGAGAAAAAACAAAAGCUUCAUCCAGCGGUCCUUACUUUGUACGAAAGAGCCCUGUCUAUUCAUUACUUAGAACCGGCUCUUUGGGAAGAUUACAUUUUCUAUUUAAGUGAAAAAAAAGUUUCGCAUAUACUUGCUAAAGUAGCUGAAAGAAGUGUUCGCAAUUGUUUAUGGUCAGGCGAUCUUUGGGGUCAUUACAUCCGUAUUUUAGAAAAAAGUAAUGAUGUUGAUGCAAGUGAUCAGAUUGAUGAUGUAGUUAAAAGUUGUAUCGCUAUUGAUCUGACAAAUCAGCAAAGUCUAUCAGAUUUAAUUGAGUUCAUUGAAGAACAAUUGAAAUUAUUAAACCAAGUUUUUCGAGAUGGAGAUCCACAUUAUCGUUUGGAAAAGUAUUUGAUUGAAAUGGAGACUCUUAAAAAAGAUAUUCCAAAAUCUCACCAAACUUGGGAAAAGAUAAUAAGUAAACAUCGCAAUGAAUCUGAAGUUUGGCUUCAAUAUGCUAAUUGGGAAAAAUCUUUAGGUAAUAUUGAACAAGCUCGUAAAAUUUUCAAAAAUGCUUCACAUCAGAACACGGACUGGCCUGAACGUAUAUUUAAUGAAUGGGAACAGUUUGAACAUCAUUAUGGAACUUUAGAUACUAUUGAAAGUGCCCAUCAAUUUAUUAGGAAGCAAUCAAAAAUUGUUACUCACAGACGUGAAAAGGCUGUUUUGCAAACACAAGCCGAAGAUCCUUCGUUUAAAAUGAUAGAAUCUGAACAAUCCACCAAACUUGUUGAAAUGAGAGAUUCUUCUGGCGAUGAAUUAAAUAAAAAACGGAAAGCUAAAGAAGAACUAUUAGUAGAAGAAACACCAUCGACAAAAAGAAAUAAGGGUCAAAAUCAUGAAAAAGUUAAACGUGAUCGAGAGUUUGCAACAGUAAUUGUUAGCAAUUUGCCACAAGAUGUUACAGAAGGGAAAUUGAAAUCGAUGUUCCAUGAUUGUGGGAAAAUACGAGAGGUCCGCUUAAAAAAUGAAACUGAUGAUUCACAAAAACUGGCAUUUAUUGAAUUUGUUAAUAGAGAAAGUGUUCUUGCAGCAUUAACUAAAGAUAAAAAAAGAAUCGAUGAAAAUGAAAUUUCAGUUUACAGGACAUCCGAAAGAACUUUAUUCGUCACCAACUUCCCUGAAUCAACAGAUUUGCAUGAAUUAUUUAAAAAGUAUGGUGAGAUUAUUGAAAUUCGUGUACCAAAUAAAGUUGUCAAGAAAAGAAGAUUUGCAUAUGUGGAAUUUAAAGAUCGAGAGAGAGAGAUUUCUAGGCAAUCUCAAAAAAGUUCAAAAUUUUGGGUUUUAACGCUUCUGAACCGAAUGAUUAAUCUUAAUAUAUUGCCAGAAUUAACAGGUUUGGUUAUUGAAAAGGGUGAAAGUGAUUCUAAACUAGUUUUAUUAAGAGAAUUUGGAAUUCGCGGAAGAUUAAUUGAAUCUGAAAAUAGUGAAGUUGGUGAUGUAAUAAGAUUGAAAAUAAAAGAAAUAAACGUGGAACGACUUGGUUUGGUUUUGACACCUACUAUUUAA